GAGCUGCCAAGCAACUAAUUUCUACUAUAACCGACGAUUCGCGAGUUUCAUUUCGGCGUUUGCAGAACUGCCGAAAUGCAAAAAGAACCUCAAACGUUCUUUAUGAAGAGCAGUCUCUCCAAUAGUCACUGAGAUGACGUCAUACCCACCGAAGACGCCUGAGAACGGUGCAAGUUUCAUUUCCAAACUCCAUAGCAGUCCGUAUGCCUUUCUUGAAAAUGGGAGACAUGUCGGACACAAGAUCCUCAUCACCGGUGGAACGAGAGGUAUUGGUCGGUGCAUGGCCAUAGCCUUCGCACGAGCUGGCGCCGCCGCAAUCGCCGUGGCAGAUAUCUCCGAAGACUUCGAUAAACUAGCCCACGAAAUGAUAGGAGCGGCACAGGAGAGCGGCUACAAGCCUCCUCAGAUCAUCCUGCACAAGCUCGACGUGGCAGAUGAGGACAGCGUGCGCAAAUGCGCAGCUCUGAUUCGGGAAGAGUUCGAGGGUAGACUCGACGUUUUGAUCAACAACGCCGGUUUCAUGACACCCGCGUUGACCGUGCCAGAGUCUGACGCCACGACAUGGUGGCGCACCAUGGAGGUGAACCUUAAGGGACCGUAUCUAAUGAGCAAGUACUUCGUGUCUCUGCUGCUGGAGGCGAGGGGCGGGCCGCAGACAAUUAUCAGUAUCAAUAGCGUCGCUGCUCACAAUCUUCGUCCCAUGGCCAGCGCAUACGGGACGAGCAAAUUUGCGAUGCUGAAACUAACAGAAUUUCUGCUUGUCGAAGCGGCUGAGAAGGGACUGGUGGCUUACUGUGUGCAUCCUGGUGCCGUCCUGACCGAGCUCGCAGAGAAAGGUAUGCCUGCUGAGACAUUGGCUGGACUGACGGAUAGCCCCGAGCUGGCCGCAUCGACGGCUGCGUGGCUGUCAAGUGAGAGGAGAGAUUGGCUUUCUGGCAGAUAUCUGAGUGCGACCUGGGAUAUGGAGGAAGUGCUGUCCCGACAAGACGAGAUUGUGCAAGGCGACAAACUCAAAGUCAGGCUUGUGACCUGAACGGCGAAGAUGUGGUCAAGAAUGGAACUCUAUUAUAGUUGUAUUCUCUCGCUUUCU